AUGUUAGGCUUUUGUCUUCUCACUUUUGUGGGAAACACACCUCUUCCACGGAAACCCAUUGAGUAUUUCGCGACUAACGUUUGUUUAAACUGGGAACAAACUAAUUGUUAUUUUCCUGUUUUCCCCUUUUCCAUUCUAACGGAAAUCGUAUUCAGUAUGGUAAUUAAGGUCCUACGCGGGGUUGAUCCGAAUCGGAAAUGCAUGCGCAUGAUCGAUAACGUGUUGAUUGAAAGGCAAGUCAAGGAUAUUCUUCCCGCUCUGGAAACAAAUGUCCAAAAGAUGACCGAAUGUAUUGAAACUCUUACUAAACAGUUUGAAGAAAAAGGGCGUGAAUUGCAGAGAUACAAGGCAGAACACAAGAUUCGUAUCGCUGGAGAGAAGGACCCCAAUGAACCGGAGAAAAAGGACAACACAUCCAGCUCGGGUGUUCUUGUAUCCUAG